CGAAGGGGCGGCACGCGACCCCAGGAGCGCCCCCGUCACCCCCGGGCCGCCGCGGGCUCGGUGAGCCCUUUGCUCCCUCUGGCCGGCAGGCUGGGCGCGCAGGGGCGCGGGUCCCCGCCCGGCGCGCAGCGGCACCAUGGGCACGGUGUUGUCCCUGUCCCCCAGCUACCGGAAGGCCACGCUAUUUGAGGAUGGCGGGGCCACGGUGGGCCACUACACGGCCGUGCAGAACAGCAAGAACGCCAAGGACAAGAACCUGAAGCGGCAUUCCAUCAUUUCCGUGCUGCCGUGGAAGAGGAUCGUGGCCGUGUCGGCCAAGAAGAAGAACUCCAAAAAGGUGCAGCCCAACAGCAGCUACCAGAACAACAUCACGCAUCUCAACAAUGAGAACCUGAAGAAGUCGCUGUCGUGCGCCAACCUGUCCACGUUCGCCCAGCCCCCACCGGCCCAGCCGCCCGCACCCCCUGCCAGCCAGCUCUCGGGCUCCCAGACCGGGGUCUCCUCCUCCGUCAAGAAGGCCCCGCACCCUGCCGUCACCUCCGCAGGGACGCCCAAACGGGUCAUUGUCCAGGCGUCCACGAGCGAGCUGCUGCGCUGCCUGGGCGAGUUUCUCUGUCGCCGGUGCUACCGCCUGAAGCACCUGUCCCCCACGGACCCUGUGCUCUGGCUGCGCAGCGUGGACCGCUCGCUGCUCCUGCAGGGCUGGCAGGACCAGGGCUUCAUCACGCCGGCCAACGUGGUCUUCCUCUACAUGCUCUGCAGGGAUGUCAUCUCCUCCGAGGUGGGCUCCGACCACGAGCUCCAGGCUGUCCUGCUGACCUGCCUGUACCUUUCCUACUCCUACAUGGGCAACGAGAUCUCCUACCCGCUCAAGCCCUUCCUGGUGGAGAGCUGCAAGGAGGCCUUUUGGGACCGCUGCCUCUCGGUCAUCAACCUCAUGAGCUCCAAGAUGCUGCAGAUCAACGCCGACCCCCACUACUUCACACAGGUGUUCUCCGACCUGAAGAACGAGAGUGGCCCGGAGGACAAGAAACGGCUCCUCCUCGGGCUGGACCGGUGAGCCCGCUAGCCGGCACCAUGGCUCAAGGAUUCAUUUUUAAAAAUUUAUUCUUAAAUCAGAAUUUGUGUACAGUAUGUGUUUAGCAAAGCCACCAAGGGCCUCGCCCUUCCCACCUUCUCUCCUUGGGGUUUUCUUCAGCCCUGCCAAGAACUCCGGGCGCUUCUGAACUCCCGAACGUCGUGCAACACCCAGAAGAUACAUUCAGAGCCACCUCGGCCCCUCACCUCUCACUUCGGGGAAUUCAAAGGACUGACCUGCCCCUGCUGCCGCCUGUGCCCUUGCUGGACCAAGGCAGGUGAGGCUGCCCGCUGCUCCCUGCACGACGGGAGCUGGCGGCGGGGGGGGCCCCUGGCCAGGUGGCCCAGGGAGGAAUUGGAGUUUCUAGUCGGAGGCUCUUUUCUGGCCCCUGUUUUGGGUCGUCCCUUCUCCCAGAGGCUUCUGGAGCUGGCCACCCCGACUGAGCCGCACGUGGGGCCGUGAGGCCAGAUGCCCGUGUCCCUGAGAUAAUCUCUUCAGUGGAGGAAAAGCCGGCCUGGUGCAAGGAUUCUGUCUUGUUGUUUAACCAUGCACGACCCUGGUUUGCUCUCUUUUUUAGGGAGAAGGGCUUUCCUUUAGUGGAGACGUGGAACACCCCCCCCCCCCCGCCUUGCCCCCUGCUCCCAGGCGUAUUGGUAGUGUUGGUUAAUGAGCUGGUUUGACUCAUUCUUUCACUCUGGGUCCCAGCUAAAGGGGUGGGGUGAAGCCGGGGACGACUCCUUUCCCAGGUGAAUCUCUCAUUUGAAUCAUGCAGCUUAGUCACCCUGUGGCGAGGCCAGGACAGCUCCAGGGGCCCACUGUCAACAGCCUGCCUUCUGGGCGGAUGGGGUUGCCAUGCCUGGGACGGAGCCAGUGCCCACAUCAGGGCCAAGGCCUCUUGCUGGUGCACUUGACAUUUGUCCUGCAGAGCUGCGGAGGGGGUCGGGGGGUGGGUGAUGCCAGGGAUCAGGGUGAGGUGGUCAUGGUGUACGCCCCCCUCUUCCGCACACCCCCCCGCCGCCCCCGUUGAUUUAAAGCUGUUUCCCAUCGGUUCAGUCUCUUCUGAAGACGAAGCCUGGCCCGGAAAGGCCCAGACAGCUGGAUCUUGGAGACAAUUACAAGCCAGAGCAGAACUCCUGAUUGCCUGCUGAUUCCACAACUGAUCAUUUGCAGCUGCUGGUUUGGGUGUCGGCCUUACCCCAGUGGCUGUAACAACACAUAAUGUGUACUUAAUCAAUUUUCUUUCUAAUUCUCCCAGAUUGGUGGCUUGGGACUUGGGAGAGGACCAAGAGAAGGGAGCAAGCUUUCCUCUGUGGCCCGUCCCUCGGGCCUUGGGGAACAAAGACUGGUGAAGACGCUAUGGAGAAUUCUCUCUUCCAGUCCCAAUCCCCCAGGGGGUGCUGGAACGGGGGGCCGGGGGAGGCAGAAGGAGGCAGAAGGCCGGUUUACGUAGGAUUAGCUUCCAGGUGGCUGCCGAUUUCAGCACAAGCACUACUGAAAUUCACAUAAAAAAGAGAAAGCUGUGAAAUUGAGGUCCCGCUUUAAGAGGCCCAGGCCGAGCGCGCGGGCCCGCGGAGCUCCCGAGGAGGAGGGCCUGCCGGGGCCGGCGGGAGCGCAUUGGCCCCAGCUGCGCCCGGGGCCCACGCCGAGCCCUUCCCGGGGCCGCCGGCCAGAUAACCUGCCGCGGGGCUGCUGGCAGGACCUCGCCGCAGCGCCUCUUCUCCGCUGGAGCUGUCGCCUGGCGUGUCUGUGCAGAUCCUGCUGCCAUGUGUGACCCGAGGUAGGAGGCCCGUGGGGGCAGCGGGCCCUGGCGACACGCAAGGGGGAGGUUCGGGUGCGAGUCUCCGGAGCAGGGCCGCGGGUCCGUGGUCGCUCCUUCCCCAGGCUGCGCUGCGCCUGGACUUGUGCGAAGGCGCCGCCGCCGGAUUCCAGUUUCGUGUGUUUCCUUCUCUCGCUCCAUAUUUAUUUUUUUAAUUUUAUGAGGCGGUGCACAUUUCAGGAGUGGUUGGGGACUAAGGAAAGAACUCUCUAGUUCCAUCAAGGUGAAGCCUGGCGGGGUCUCCUCCCUCCCUUGCACUGGUCAUCAGUAUUGUGUAAAGGAACUGAUAUACUUGAGUGUGCAAGCAAUGAACCCAUUUGACAUGCUGCUAUGAAGACUACUUUUAGAACAACAGUAAAAAAAAAAAAAAAAAAAAAAAAAAGGAAAACCUAACCUACACACAAAAAAAAACCCCACAAAAAAACCCCCCAACCAACCAACCCUUUAUUCUUUAAAUUGUUGCUUUUACAGUGAUAUUGUGCAUGCAAACCAGGAGCAUUUUGUGUCUUAAGAAAAAUAAUCUUAGAACAGACGGCUGUGAACAUUACAUCCGUGCACAGAACAAGUCACAGGAAAAUAGUUCAGGAUUUGGUUUUUCUCUUUUUCUUGUAAAUCUGAGGGGUUGAUAUAUUCUUUCCAUGCAGUUAUUAGAACUUAGUUUUGUUCCAACAGUUGUUAAAACUUGCAAUGAGAAGAAAAUGUGCCAUUUUUUUUUCACUCGGAAUUAUUCAUAGCUGUAUAUUUGAAACUGCUAAUUACACAUGUGCGAUGUAUGUUGGUUUUUUAGUGCAAUUUCUUCUGUAGCUAUUCUUUGACCAAACUGUGGGUAUUGUUGAUAUUAAUUUAUAUUUGUCUCAUUUUGUAUGUAUGCCUAGCGUGUUUGUAAGUAUGUGUGGUUUAUAAUCUGACCAGGUCAUGAAGCUCAGUUUGGCUGUAAUUUAAUUCCCCUCCCCUUAUUUUUAUUUAUUUUUGUACCGUGCUGAUUAAAUAAAAUGCACUGACCAUCCAUUA